AACGACGAGUUGGCAUGCGCUUGACAUAUGACGCCGCCGCCGCACCACGACGUCCGAGGUGUCCUUAAUGCCAAUGGUACUCCAAUGUUGUGGGGCUUGCAUUCGUUGUGGAAAGCCAGUAGCCCCAAGUGCAUCGUCGGCAUCGUCGACACCGUCGUCGUUGUCGACGGCAAGCUCGACACGUGGCUGUUCACAGCCAAGACCGGCGAAGUCCUGCGGAAGAAAGCGUUCCAACCAUCGGACAUUGCCGACAGAUUCAGUCGUAUCUCCCUCGCCAACGCCGCCAACGUUCACUCCCACGCCGCCAUCUUGCGACGGUCGAACGGCAGUUGCAUCGUGUGGGAUGUGGCCACGCUGGCCCAAGGCGUGGAAACCCCUCUGGACAAACAUGUCGUCGCCCUUCAGCCAUUUGUGUGCAGUCGAGGCAGUCUAGGGUCAGUGUACCGCCACGAAGUCAAGACGGUGCUGUCGACUGAUCAACAUGCACGCCUCGUGCAGUCCACGUGCAAGCUCAUGCAGCAUCAAAUGAGUGGACCGGGGUCGUCCAUUGUCGUCGACGCCCCUCUACCCGACCAAACGCUCAAGUCCAAUGCCACUGCCAUCAACACCCGUCUCCACGCGAUCACGAUGCUUGUGCGGCAACAUUUGGAGGAGCUACACAGCAUUCAAGUGCAAGAGAUUGCCGUGGAUUUUAUCAUCGAUGCCAGCGAACAGAUAUGGCUGUCAUGGAUUCCAACAGUCAUAGCUAAAACCAACCACAAUUCGGGUGCUGUCCCCUUACGCACCCCUUCCCCCACUCACCCACCCUCGUUGAGCCACCACAAAAAUGGAUGGUUGGCCACGGCCGCCACUGGCCUACCCUCCAUGGAACAGCUCGUGUUCGACGCCGCCGAAGCCACAUUGUUGGAACCCCCCACGCUGGACAAGGACACUUCGUCAUCGACGUCACAUGUCCGCGUCGACGACGUCCACGCCGCCGCCCAACGCCGCGCGUCUGCUACCCACUUCACACUCAAGCCCACCCCCGCAGCCCCUUCCUCGUCCAAACCAUUGCACCAUCCGACGACUGGCAGCGGUUUCCCCACUCCAUUCAAGUGUUGCGGGGAUUUUUGCGGGUUCGAUCUGUCGCCUCCGUCGUCGUUGGUGGCAUCGACGGACGACGCGUUGACAAGGCGACGUCGUCGUGGCAUCCACGCCUUGUUGUCGCCCGAAGACUCUGCCGCGCUGGGGGCCGCGAAUUUGUUGCAAACACUUACAAACCACUCAGUUGACACGCUGCAAAACUACAACGAUCAGCGACUGCAUUACACGAUCACGUAUCGGUCCAUCGCGCUCGCCAAAGCCAACAAAGCGCACCUCGUCGAUACGCAACAUUCCGAUUCCAACGAAGCAGACGUCGUUUCCAACGUUCCGAACGCAAAAAAACCAGCGUACAUGGCGUCCACCGUGUCGAAAGACUGGCAGCGCAGUCUCGGGAAAACAUACGGCGAGCUCGACGGUGGCGCGGCCAACUAUUACCGCCACGUCAAAGUGUGCCGCAGUUGCUACGCCGUCUACUCGACGCUCGACACGGCGCGCCGCAUGUUGGACGAAGUUGCUGCGAAAGUUUCCCAGCAACUCGUCAAAGAGAAUGCGCGGCAACCCCCUGGCAUGGACAAGUGGAACCAGGGGGUCGACGCCUCCGUGGCGGCCAAGGAGCGCGGGCUCAUGGGAAGGCGGUCGUCGUCGACGACGACGUUGGAGGUGAAACUGCCUCGGCUGGGCACGCCCCCCGAAGGACCCCCCUCGAUGCGAAUGUUGUCUGCGGCAACUUCGCCUACAACGCAAGACGACGUUGGAGAAGUCGAAGGAAGGGGAAUGCCAGACGACGCUACUCACCCCCCAAAUGAAGCUCUAGCUGACGGGGUGGCAAAAGGAGUGGUGAUGCCACUCAUCCACCAACCGUCGUCCCCGACGCUAAGCCAACCGCAGCACAGCUACGCAACAUCCAAGGCCAAAAGUACAGCAAUGUUAACAGUUUCCAAUACCCGUGCCAAAGGAUGGAAAAAACAACUGGACCACAAAGCUACACACGCUGCUUCGGACGAAGUGGCCAAAACUGUCGAGGAAUUCGUCGGCUUGGACGGGUACCUACGGGGUAAAGUCCGUCGACGCAAAACCAAACAACUAACCGAAAACGCGCUCUUUCCUGGUGGCAUGCCCCUUCCUGUAACCAAAUCGCACCAAGGGCACGGCGAUGCCUAUCUGCCCCUCGUCCUGGUUGUCGAGACCGACCAAUCCAUGAUCAACUCGAUCGUCCGUGUAUUGCAAGAUGAGUACUCGGUGGAGAGUGUAUGCGACGGCGCCGUGGCACUCAAGUGUGCGCAAGAGACCCACUACGAUGCGAUUGUAUGCGGGCGCGACGUGCCGACGUUGGGGGCGAUCGAAAUGACCAAACUGCUGCGGCAACAUGAGAUCCAGCAAAGCAUCGCGCUCCACUUGCCCGUGCGUCGCACACCCGUGCUUUGUUUUACCAAUUGUACGUCCCCCGAGGACUUGCGGGUGUAUAUGGAAGUCGGAAUGGACGGAUGUGUGGGCCAUCCUUUGGAUCUGGAUGCACUUCGGCGGAUGCUGGAAGCGGCGGUAACGACGACAGGGGGGGGGGGCGUAGUAGCCUCAUUGCAAGCGAUUGUGGCCAAAGCCAAUCAGCCCAUCGCGACAUCUUCCUCGUUGCCCAAGCCAGCCUCUCGACCGCGCAAGAAGAAACCGGCGGCCGCCACCGCCACGGGCACGUCGUCGAAUCUCGCCAACGCCCUCCUCGGCCACACGCCGGACGACCCGAGCUGUACGAUGGGCAUGUUCCAAGUCGACACCGACACAAGUCUUCCGUUUGCAGUGCUGAACCCCCCAACGCCCCCUACGACCAUCAACACAUUUUUCAACCUCGUGGUUGUGCAUGAUAUCUUUGACACGAUGGAGCGGAUGCAGAUAUUCCUGCAGCCCAUGCUCGCGCGAUGCAGCGGCGCCCAAGCGCUUGUGUGGAACUACCCCGGCCAAGCCGGCACGACGUGGCGAAAGGGGCUACUGCUCAACAACGCGUACCUGUCGACGUGUUUGUCGGGGCUUUUAUCACACGUCACAUCCAAAGGGCUGUGGCGACACGAAGUGCCGUUCUACUUGGUCGGGUACGGCAACGGCGGCCCCGUCUGUCUGCACUACGCCCUACACGCCCCCAGUUCGUCGCUUCGAGCUCUUGUGUCCGUCAAUGGCUUUGCCUACGUCGACUCGACGCUCGCCACCUUUCUCCACGACGCAAUUAAAGUGUUUAGCUGCUCCCCACCGUCCAGACCCGACCUGCCCGUGUACUAUCACACACGGUUUUUGUUUUCCGGCGCGUACCUGGCGACCGUGUCGACCCCCCUCGCGCUCAAUUUGUACACGGCCGUGAGCAACCCCAUCACGUUGGACGGCCGCGUCGCGCUAUGCUUGGGGGCGCUGAGUCAUGUGGAUGUCCGGCACGACUUGAGCUCGAUGAACGUGCCGCUGGUGGUGAUUGCGUCGGCGCAGGAUGGACUCGUCCAGCCGCUGCAUGUGGACGCGAUCGUAGCAGCCCGGGGCGGCGGCAGCGUGAAUAGCAUCCACAAGGUGCUCAAACACCACCGCAAGUCCAAAACGUGCGUCGUGUGGGUGCAAGCCGGCCACGAAGUGUUUCAAGAGGUCAAGCCCACGAUCGCGGCGUUGCUCGAGCAAUUUCUCACAGGGUUUCACGAAACGCACGACAGUUCGCUCACGACUGGGACAGGGGGGGCGGCUCCCCGGCACGAAAAAGAAGGGUCGCUCGUCGCCGCGGCCGCGGCACGCACGAGCUACGAAGACCACUUUAUCAACAAAGUCAUGAUGACGCUCACGGACGUCAAAAAUCGGCCAGACCGACAGCAACCACCACUUAACCCCCAUGUACAUCCUCGCGCCCCCGACGACGGCGAAACCAACAGCAACGCGUGGGCUAUGUACCAGCAGAAACGCAUGGAAUCGACUGCUGCCACCCACUCAGCCCACAACAAGAAGAAAUCCGGACAGCACCCCCCGCCCCCUGUCUUGGAUCCCCUAAACCCAUCGUUUGAACGAGACACCAACGACGUGUACCGCGCCGGCGACGGCAGCAAGAUCUACCCCGACCCGACUACACGGGGAGACAUCAAGGAGUACAUGCAAUGGCGGGUCCAGCGCAACGCCACGCGGCUGCAGCGGAUGCACAAACUCGCGUCGAAAAUCCAAAAAGCGUACCGGGCGUACCGGGCGCGGACGCUGGCCGACCGGCUGCGGAGACACAAGGCGGCGCUGACCAUGCAGCGCGUCUACCGCGGGUUCAAGGGUCGGCUGGUCUUUGACAAGAGACGAAGGGAGGAUGCCGCCAUCCGACUCGUGCAGCGCUCGUGGCGUGGCAAGAUGGGCCGCAUGCAGUUCAAGUCGACCAAAAGCCAACGCCUCGCCGCCAUCGAAAUGCAGCGCAUGGUGCGCGGCCACGUUGGGCGGCUCCGCGUUCGACGGAUUCGAACGACAAGGUACACUUCGGCAUGCAUCAUUCAAGCGCUGUUCCGACGGGUACAUGCGGUCCAAGAAGCAUGGCGGCGACGCCGGCAGACCCAAGGCGCAGUGCUCAUUCAGCGCGUAUACCGCGGGCACGUUGGCCGCGCCCGAUUCCGUGCCGAGCGCGACCGGUACUUGUUUUCGAAAGCGCAGACACAGAAUAUUGAUUUUGGCAAGCAAAUGCUGCUCGAGUACAAACUAUACGGGACGCGGCUGCAAAGUGAAGUGGCGCUCCUCGUGAACGAAAAGACCAAGGCAGAAGCCAGCGUGGAGAGUUUGCUCGUGGAAAUCGCAGAGUUUGAGGCUGGUGUGCGGGUGCUCGAGACGGAAAUGCACGCGCUCAGCCAGAUCGAGACCGAAGCCACGGGGGUGCUGGACGAACAGGCCAAGUGGCAGCUGCGGGACCAGAAGAUGCGACUCGAUCAGGAGUUUGCCAUGAUGCUCAAGAAGAUUGCCGACAGGCGGGAGAAGCUACUAGUGCUGGGCACGACGCUACAGGCACUGGAUAAGUCAAGACAUGCCAAGGAAGAGGACUUGCGUGGUCUCGAGCGGAAACUCGUGCUGUUGUUGGACGAACAACAGCGGCAGUUGCAAGGCAUCAAAGCCAAGCAAGAGAAACGGUCCCAGGUGUUGGUGGACGUGGCGGGGGGGGUGAUCCCGCCCGGGCCACUGGGCGGUGUCGACCACGGACAGCCGGGGGGGUCUGUCUCGUGUGGGACGACUGUGAGCCCGGAGCAGCGGCAGGAAGCGAAUUCGUUGAUGGAGUCGACCGAGACCAUGAUGAAGUUUGGGUUUAUGAGCAUGAGCAUGACAUACUUUAGCAGCAUGAACAUGAUCAAGGCUAUGCGGCAGAUUGGUGCCCAUCAUACGUUCCUCGACAGCGCCAAUGCCAUUCACAACCAUGCCACGGGGGCCGCCGGUAUGAUGAUGGGCGGGGGUAGUGCCAGUCCGACGGGCAAACACAUGGGGGGCGGCGUCGGGGGGAGCUCUGCUUUUCAUGCGGAGCCAGCGCCAGGCAACUUUCCCGGCCAGGAACCGCUGCUCGCGAGUGCAUGGAGCGUGCGGGACGUCGGGCGAUGGCUGGACACGCUCAGUUUAGGCCAGUACAAGCAAGCGUUUUCCGAUGGCACCGUGGACGGAUCGCUCUUGUACGACCUCAACGACCACGACCUUCGGUUUUCCCUUGGGAUUGAAUACGACCUCCAUCGGAAAAAGAUCUUGCAAGCCGUCGAGCGGCUCAAACGUGCCGAAGGGGCCGUGAACAAGUUGUACUCGAGCCCCCUUCCUACAAAUGGCGCUGCCAUUAUCCCAGCUGAAUCCAGCGCCGCGUCCGUCCAACAAAACCAGUCCAAUCCAUCAUCAUCUGGCAGCAUGGCUUUAAGUACUACUUCGCCAUUGCCCUCGUCGUCAACGACCAACGCCUUGUCCACAUCCGCGAACCAAAUUGCGGCUACCGAACCACCCCCGCUAGUCAUCCGCUUUGACGAAGUCUGCUCGUUGGUUCGGAAUGGCAAGCUCAAGCAAGUCAAAGAAGCGUUUGAAAAGUGGCCCGACAAGGCGUAUGAUGACCUGAGCACCAAAGUGCAAAAUGCACCUGGGACGAUCUACGAAGACAGUCUGGAGCAUCAAGCGUUCCACAUGAACAAGGCGGACGAGCACGGCAACUCGCUGCUGCUGCUCGCCGCCCAGAACAACCUGCUCAAAGUGUGCCAGUUCCUCGUGAGCAAGGGGGCGAACCCGAACCACCAGAAUAAGCAAGGCCAGUCGGCGGGCCAUUACGCGAUGGCGUACAGCUUCUUUGACCUCGGCGCGUGGCUUCUCGACCCAGACAAAGGCGGCGGCCGUGACGACCUGGUCAACAUACAUGGACUUACGGCGUACGACGGAUUGAGUCCGGCGUCAUGAGGGUGUCGGGAAGGCGGAAGUCGUUGAAGUGUUCAAAGGACACACACAACUGUAGCUACCAUGUGGAAUAAUCAAUAAAGUGUUGCAGGGGCCAGGAGCUCCUCCCAGACACAACUUUCGAAACCUG